CUCUCGUUGCGUUCGGAGCUCUCUGUGAUUCCUUUGCUCUUCGCUAUGUCCGAAACCGCGCCGGCUGUGGCUGUCACCGCCGCCUCCGCGGCUCCCGUGGCGGCUUCCAAAGCCCCCGCCAAGAAGGCUAAGAAAGCCGCCGGCUCCAAGCCCCGUAAGGCCUCUGGCCCCAGCGUGACGGAGCUUUUGACCAAAGCUGUGGCGGCUUCCAAGGAGCGCAAAGGGGUCUCUUUGGCGGCUUUGAAGAAAGCCUUAGCCGCCGGCGGGUACGAUGUUGAGAAGAACAACAGCCGCAUCAAGUUGGGGCUGAAGAGCCUUGUGAGCAAAGGGACGCUGGUGCACACCAAAGGCAUCGGCGCCUCGGGCUCCUUCAAGAUCGGCAAGAAGGCCUCCGAGGGCGGCGCCAAGGAGAAGGCCCCCAAGAAGAAGGCCCCCAAGGCGGCUGCUAAGAAGCCUGGAGCCAAGAAGCCCGCUGUCAAGAAGCCUAAGAAGGCAGCCGCCUCUGGAGGAGCAGCCGCCAAGAAGAGCCCCAAGAAGCCUAAGAAGCCCGCCGCCAAGAAAGCCGCCGCCAAGAGCCCCAAAAAGGCCAAGCCGGUGAAGCCCAAGAAAGUGGCCAAGAGCCCCGCCAAGGCCAAGGCUGUGAAGCCCAAGACGGCCAAGCCCAAAGCCGCCAAGCCCAAGGCGGCCAAAGCCAAGAAGGCGGCUGCCAAGAAGAAGUAGAGAUGGAGGAGGAAGAAGGAGGAGAAGCCGGCAUGCCCUCGCCGUCGUCGCUCUUAUCGAAACCCAAAGGCUCUUUUAAGAGCCACCCAAAGCCUCAGAGAAAGAGCUGGAGUCCUCUUUAACCCCCUUCCCCUCCUUUAGGUUAUCGCACUACUUUAGUGCGGCUGUUUUCACUUUGGGUGCCUCCUCCUGUUGCAUUCUGGGACUUGUAGUUUAAAGAGGAGUAUUGGAACGUUCAGCUGCAGAGCUCUCGGGCCUCGCUGGACUACAAGUCCCAGAAUGCAACGGAGCAGUUAUAAGUGGGUUAGCAGUGUUUGGAGAGUGGUGGGGUAACCUAGUUAAAAUAAAGCUUUUGAUAAAAAAAGUUAAGGUGGAGUCUGGGGUAGUGGUUAGAGCAGUGGUUUGGGCUUCCGUUUGGACUGGGAAACUACAGUUCCCAGAGUUCCAUGGCACUUCCGAUUGGGCUCAAACCGGAUUACUGUAUUUCUGGAUUUAGCCCAGAUCUGUGCUUUAGGAAAAGUAUAGGAGUCAGAUCUCUUUAUGGGGCAGUUUAAGAGUUAAAUAUUGGGAUUAAAAGUCUCAAAUAGAAGAAGAGGGAUCCCAGAAUCCCAAAGUGGCCGAGGUUUCUGGGAACUGAAGUCCAAAAUAUCUGAGUUUGGACAUCUGAGUGGUCCCCCAAACUGCCCUUUAUUUAAGGGCUUUUGGACUUCAGCUCCCAGAAGCCUCAGCUACGUUGGUCAAUAGUCUGGGAUUCUUGGAGCUGAAGUCCAAAAGCCCUUAAAGGGCACAGUUUGGGGACCACUGGUUUUAGAGUGUUGGGUUUGAGGCUCGGGAUCUGGGUUCAAAUCCCAUUGGGGCAUGAAACACUGCUUGGGCGAGUCUUAUUCUCAGCCUCAGGAUGGCUGGAUAUUGUUUUGUAACUUGUGGCAACAAUAUAUAGGGUUUUCAAGGCAAGUUUCUUCAUGGGAGGGUUGCCACUCCAAUUGCCAUCCUCUGAGGCUGAGAGAGUUUGUGGAGGCAUCCCUUUCAAGUCAUACCUGAUUUAUGGUGACCCUAAUAAGGGAUUAUCUGGGGCUGAGAGAGUGUGACUCGCGAAAGCUCACCCGGUGGGUUUCCAUGGCUGAGCUGGGAUUCGAACCCUGGUCUCCAGAGUCUUAGUCCCAACACUCAAACCUACUAAGCUACACUGGCUCCUUGGCUUGGAUAUACAUUGAAGAAAUAGGAACAAGCCAGAACUUGGUGUAGUGUGGCUUCAGUAUUGGGCUAGGUCCUCAAACUCUGUUCUUUUAAGGGAUUUUGGACUUCAGGUCCCAGAAUGCCAGACCAUUGGCCAACAUGGCUGAGGCUUCUGGGAGCUGAAGUCCAAAAUCUCUUAAAGGGCACAGUUUGGGGGCCACUGG